AUGGCAGAGAAAAAGAUGUCGCUGAGCCGGAGGAAUCAUCUGAAGAGCCUACUGCUGCAAAUCGGCAAGUCCAUGAUUGAAGAGGAGGCGCGGCAGGCAGAGAAGGAGAAGAUGAAGUACAUGGAAGAGCACUGCCCCACCCCGACCGUCCCCACCUGCAUGCAGGAGCUCCAGGACCUGUGUAGGAAACUUCACAAGCAGAUCGACUUGGUGGAUGAAGAACGAUAUGAUAUGGAGUUCAAACUGACAAAAUCCAACAAAGAGAUCGGUGACCUGAAGAUAAAGGUUCAGGACCUGAAGGGGAAGUUCAAGAAGCCAGUCCUGAAGAGAGUUCGGAUGUCAGCUGACGCCAUGCUGGCCGCUCUUCUGGGCUCUAAGCAUAAAGUGUCUCUGGACCUGAGAGCCAACCUGAAGCAGGUCAAGAAGGAGGUGAAAGACGAGGUGCGAGAAGAGAAGCAGACAAGUGACUGGAGGAAGAAUGUCGAAGACAAAUCAGGCAUGGACGGCAGGAAGAAGAUGUUUGAAGCAGAGGCUUAA